AUGGACGGCUUACUACGAACACUAACGCGCUCCCGCAACACGGCGCCGUCCCCGAGCCGCGGCAGCCGCAACCGAAACCGCGACCGUGACCGUGACCGAUACGGCGGUGGAGGAGGAGGAGGGAACCAUCAUGGCCAGAUCGAAAUUAUUCUCGAGACGCUCGCGCGGGGACUCGUCGAAUAUGCCGUUCACAGGUACAUGAAGAAGCUCGGCGGCGACGACGACAAGGGAGGAAAGCACCGCGACGACCGGCGCCUCAGCACCCGGGGCAACGGUCGACACGACGAUGACGAGCGCGCUAGAGGCGGCGUUCCGAACUUGGACGUGGAGAUGCUGGAGCACCUGGGCAAGAACAUCCUCUCCAAGGCCGUGGACCGCUUCGGCGGCGGCAACGGUGGCGAAGACGAGCAAGAAGAGCGUGAGGAUACGAGAGUCAACGCAAAGGGUCGCGGGCGCGGGAGGGACAGGACGUACAGCCGGGACCGAUACAAUCACUCGCGCGAGCGUUCCCAGGAUCGAUCCCGCAGACGGAGUCACCGCCACCACAAUGACGACGGCAGCGGCGGCGGCGGCGGCGGUAGCAAGGACGACGAAGAGGACGGCGAGCGCAAGCGGCGUCGCAGCCCCCGCGACGGGCACUCGUCGCCGUCGAGACACCAGCAGCAGCGCGACGACGGCCACGGUUAUGGCGGCCGCGGGCGCGGACGCGGGACCGACUACGCGCCGCUGGUCGAGAGCCUGGAGACACUGUCCAACACCCUCAUCUCCCUGAACGAGCGGCACCCGGGCCACCCGGACUGCGAGUUCUACGACGCCUUCGUGGAGCGGUCGGGCAAGACGCAAGACGCGAUAGGGGCGGUGCUGAUGCGGAUCCGGGAGAGGGAAGAAAGGAGGGAGGAGAGGCGCGGUCGGCGGCGGCGGAGCUGA